ACAAAACCUUACGAAAGGCAAAACUUUCACACAAAUCAAGUCAAUGUAAAAUUUUAUCUACUUAUUUUACAGAAAAAUGUCAGCAUCGUUAAAGACUGCUGUCUACCUAUUUCGUAAUGAUCUCCGACUUCACGACAACGAGUGCUGGGUGCUCGCAAAUAAAACUGCCGAUUAUGUAAUCCCCCUGUAUUGUUUUGACCCCGCACAUUUCAAGAAAACAUGGCAUUUUGGACUUCCCAAAACUGGGGCCAUCAGGGCCAAAUUCCUUAUUGAAACUGUGAAUGACUUAAAAACAAAUCUGAAAACCAAAAAUACAGAUUUAGUUGUAAAGAAUGAAAAUCCAGUCUCUGCUCUCAAAAGUUUAGUGGAAGCAUGUCGUUUGUCGGCCCCCGUGACCUCUCUUAUUUACCAGAAGGAGGUCACUUUCGAGGAGGUCAAUUUGGAGAACGAUCUGAAGAAGUUCUGUGGCAAUCUCGAUAUAAAGGUUCAUGAAGUUUGGGGUUCAACACUGUUCCAUCUUGAGGAUCUUCCGUUCAAGAUUAACAGGGUUCCAGACACUUACACCAACUUCAGGAAAGAAGUGGAGGGACGAAGUAAAGUUAGAAGAAUUGUUUCUGAUCCUCAAGUUAUCAAACCCUGGCCCGAUUCUAAAAUUGAUGGUGGCUCAGUGCCCACUCUUCAGGUUCUUGGGUUAGAGGAACCUGGACUAGAAAAUAGAACUGCCUUCCCCUUCUCAGGCGGAGAAACAUCCGCCCUGGGUAAAACUAUAUUUAUUCUAGGGGAAAACUACUCUACAAAGUUCAGUCCCUGGUUAGCUUUUGGUUCUCUAUCACCCCGGCGGAUAUACAGUGAAAUCAAGCGGUAUGAAGAUGAGAGAGUGAGUAAUAAAUCAACUUACUGGGUUAUUUUCGAACUUCUUUGGAGAGAUUAUUUCAGAUUUGUCUGCCUCAAGUUUGGAGAUAAGGUGUUCUACAGGUCUGGUAUACUGGGUAGAGAUCAGGCCUGGAUCCAAGAUACAAACAAGUUUAAAGCCUGGGUUGAAGGCAGGACUGGAGUUCCUUUCGUUGAUGCCAACAUGAGGGAACUCAAGGAGACAGGUUGGAUGUCGAGUCUGGAUUGGAGGUUUGGGGCUGAAUGGUUUGAGAGUCAGCUCCUGGAUCAUGAUGUCUGCUCUAACUAUGGGAAUUGGAACUAUGCUGCCGGAAUAGGAAAUGAUCCGCGAGAGAACCGGAAGUUCAAUAUGAUCAAACAGGGUAUGGAUUAUGACGCUGAUGGGGAGUUUGUACGCACCUGGGUUCCAGAGUUACGUAAAAUACCAGGAGGAAAGAUCCAUGUUCCCUGGACCCUGAAUGAUAAAGAACUGACUUCCGCUGGUGUCGAUCUAGGUGUGAAUUAUCCUAAACCUCUGGUCCUAGCUCCGGAGUGGGGAAGACACUCGCAGAAAACAAACAAACCUCCCUCCUAUAGAGAUCCGCCAAAAGGACAGAGACCCAUCAAUGCCUUUUUCAAACCAGAGUAUGGCGGAGGCGGAGUACAGGGUUCAGGAGGACGUGAAGGGGGCGGAGUACAGGGUUCAGGAGGACGUGGAGGGGGCGGAGGAAAAUGGGGACCAGGACGUGGAAAAGCCCCUAGAGGCGGAAGAGUACAGUUCUGAUUUUUUGCUCAAGCACAGUGAGAACCAAAAUUCUAUGGAAAUGGAAGAUGACUUUUUAUGACUUUGAAUAGUCUUCUGAACAUAAGAAAUAGCAAUUGUGCCGUAUAAACACACCCAUUUAACAUCAUCAAGGGAUGUUUUAAGUAACUAGUCGUCGUCUUCCCAUUUCUCAGUUUUCUGUUACUUUAUGUUGUUUUUCAUUUUUUUAUUGUGUUUGGAUUUUUUAAAUAAAACUUUAAUUAGAAAUUA